AUGCACGCACUAACCUUCGUAUCAACUGUAUUGCUGAUAGCAGCCCCUGUUCUCGCUGCACCAGCAAGACAGCAUCCAUUGGUCCAUUCCAGGCCUGAUCCAUACCGCAAAGACUAUCAGGAUCAGUAUGACCACAAAGUUGACAGCAUAGGGAAAGACCUCCAUCCAGAGCCUCUACGCAAUGGCGAUGGAACAUCCGUACUCGGUCCACGCAACAGGCUGCGGGAGCAAGAGAACCCCGACAUGAUCCGACCUCCUACCACGGACCAUGGAGAUUUCAAGAACAUGCGCUGGAGCUUUGCGGACUCUCACAUGCGGAUUGAAGAGGGUGGCUGGACUCGGCAGACGACGAGACGUGAGCUGGACUCCUCGGUUGAGAUCGCUGGUGUUAAUAUGCGUCUUGAUGAAGGCGUGAUCCGGGAGCUUCACUGGCACAAAGAAGCUGAGUGGGCGUACGUGCUUGAAGGUAAAGUCAGAGUCACGGCGCUAGACACUGAAGGGGGCUCUUUCGUAGACGACGUGGAGAAGGGCGAUUUGUGGUAUUUCCCCCCGGGUCAUCCCCACUCUUUGCAAGGAUUGGCUCCCAUUGGCACUGAGUUUCUUCUUAUCUUCGACAACGGCGGGUUCAGCGAGGAGAGCACAUUCCUCUUGACAGAGUGGUUGAAGCACACUCCGAAGUCUGUUAUCGCUGAGAACUUCAGACUGCCGCCCCAGGUCUUUGAUACGCUUCCGGAUACUGAGAAGUACAUCUUCCAAGGCGAGCUACCUGGAUCGGUUGAUGAAGAGAAGCCAAAGACUUUCAAGAAAUCCAAGCUGGAAUUCACUCACAAGAUGCUCGACCAGAAGCCAGAGGUGACGAGCGGAGGUCGCGUGCGGAUUACUGAUAGCCACAACUUUCCAAUCUCGAAGACUAUUGCGGCUGGUCACCUUGAGAUUGAGCCCGGAGCUAUGCGUGAGAUGCAUUGGCACCCUAAUGCCGAUGAAUGGUCAUUCUUUAUCAGUGGACGAGCGCGCGUGACCAUCUUCGGCGCUCAAGGCAACGCCAGGACUUUCGACUACACCGCGGGAGAUGUGGGUGUAGUGCCCAAGAACAUGGCAAGAGGCCUCCAGCUCCGCAAGAACCGCCCUACCCGUAAGCUGAUACAUUUGCAGGGUCACUUCAUCGAGAACCUAAGCGACGAUGAGCCACUGGAAGUAUUGGAGAUCUUCCGCGCAGACGAGUUUCAAGACUUCUCGCUCUUCCAGUGGCUCGGUGAGACUCCACAGCGACUCGUGCGAGACCACCUGUUCCAGAACGAUCCUAAAGGGGCAGCCAAGUUCGCAAAAGCCAUACAGUCUGCGGAGAAGGACGCCAUCAAGGCGCAGGUCUUCCAAUCGGAGCUGUAG